CCACGAUCGAGAAAUUUUAUACCAGUGCACAACGAGCAUUCACCAAAAGUGCGCUAACACAAGUGACUGUAACGAAUCCUGAGAACGAAAGAGAGGGAAUUCCAUACAUUGAAAACAUAAAAGAUGGCGACCGAAAACUCCCAAAAACCAAUCCAUUCCCUGAUUCUCGACACCGGACCCUUGAUCAAAAACGCCGUCUCAAUAUCCACAAUCAUCAACUCCGCUGAGGAACUCUACACCACGCCUGCCAUUCUCUCUGAAAUCCGGGAUGAGGCGACCAGGUCACGAGUCAAGACGACUCUCAUGCCAUUUUUGAAGAUCAGGAAUCCGAGACCGGCAAGCUAUGAGGCGGUGAUUGCGUUCAGUAAGAAGACGGGCGACCAUGCGGUGCUGAGUAGGCAGGAUUUGGGCAUCUUGGCGCUGGCGUACGAAAUACAUUGCGAGAGGAAUGGGGGGCCUUGGGGACUGAGGGAUGCGCCAAAGGGGCCGCUUAAGCAAAAGCCGGAGGAAGAGAAGAAAGAGGCAAAACUGGCUGAAUCAGAGCAACCCACGAGUGGGGAGGGUCAAGUUGAGCCGCAAAGUGAGCAAGUAGUAUCCGAAGAGAAGGCGGCCGAGACCACAACUACGGGAGAGGACACCACCGAACAGGAAGCACCAACAGCACCAACAGUAGACGAUCAGCAGGAAUUGGAAACGCAAGCAGAACAAUCAAACCAGGAGCAAGAACCAACAUCCACAGAGCAGAAGUCCGUUGAGCCGGAGGUUACUACAGCUCCGGAAAACCUCUCAAAAGACAUCGCAAACCUUGCCAUCUCUUCCACCCGACAACCCACCCAACAGCCCACCCCUCCCGCCACCGACUCUUCCAACUCAGACAACGACGACGACGACGCCAACGACAACGACGAUGACAACGACGGCGAAUGGAUCACUCCCUCCAACCUAACCAAGCACAAAGCCAAAGACUCCGGCGCGCAAACCUCCGCGCGCACAGCCUCAGACCCCCAAACCGACGUAGCAACAAUGACCAUCGACUUCGCGAUGCAAAACGUGCUCCUCCAAAUGAACCUCCACCUCCUCUCGACCAACAUGCAGCGCAUCAAGCAGCUGAAAUCCAAGGUCCUGCGCUGCCACGCCUGCUUCAACAUCGUCAAAGACACAACCAAGCAGUUCUGCCCGCGCUGCGGCGGCGCAACCCUGAAGAGCGUGUCGUGCUCCACAAACGCAAAGGGCGAGUUCCGCGUCCAUCUCGCCAAAAACUACCAGUACAAUACUCGUGGCGAUCGGUAUAGUGUGCCGAAGCCGAUUGCGGGCACGGCGAACGGGAAGUGGAGUGGUCAGGGUGGAGGCAAGGGCGGGUGGGGCAGGGAUCUGAUUCUCGCUGAGGAUCAGAAGGAGUAUUCGAAGCAGAUGACUGAGGAGAAGAGGAGGGGCACGAAGGAUCUUAUGGAUGAGGAUUAUCUGCCGGGCAUUCUUACGGGGGAUCGGGGGCGCGCUGGUGGCAGGCCUAAGGUCGGGGCUGGGAAGAAUGCGAAUUCUAGGAAGAGGUUUUAGGUGUGCGAACUUGGAGGUGGGAGGGAUCUUGACAAGCAUGGAGGGACUAUGUGUUUGUGGUAGAGGGUUCAGGACAUGAUUUAUGAUACCUUGCAUUAGACAGGCGUUUUUGCGAAAAUUCAAAAGUGGUUUUAUUGGAAAUUGGGAGAUGACUUAGGGUAUCACGGAAAAUAGACAUUGCAACGG